AACCACAGUGACACCGAGCGCUGUGACCAAGGCCUUGGUUCUUCUCAGAUGCGCAGAAACCCGACUUCCACCCGCCCAAAGACACGACAGUGGAAUAAUCGGUAAAAUCAACCGCUACUAUUUUUUCCAUUUGUGCACAAAAACACAAAAACUCUCUCUUCAAGGUCGGUUCCUGAUUCUGCUGUUCAUUGAAGCUACUGCUGUAAGAUUUAUCGAGUACGGAAACCUUUCUGAUCAUCCACCAAUGUUUCUCGCAUAGUUUGAAUCCAAUUCAUGAGGUAGUUUAUAAUGAAAGAAAGGACCACAUCCUCCCCACUUAAACGUAUACUGGUGAAUUGUGGAGUUCAGCGAUCAUGCAUUGAAAAACGCGAUGGGUGCAACCGUGCAAAGAUGAGAUUGAAUGGGAACUAGACUGUAUCAUUCUUGAUGUUGUCAAUAUAUCUAUCAAUGAACAAUUGCAGGCAAAAGAAUACGGGAGUUGUGUUGCAGCAAAGGUUCCUCAAAUUGAACGUGAUAUGUGUUUGAAAGAAUUUCUUGCAUUAAAGAAUUGCAUGCAGAAUGUGCUUAAGGGAAAGCCAUAAAUUCACAACAUUUUCUUUAACAGAUAUAUCAGAGCUACAAGUAUAUAUUUGUACUUCCAUAGUUCCAUAAAAAAGUGUUAUAUCUCCAGUUAAGUUUUCCCUGUGAUCGUGACUAUUGUGAAGUUAACAUUAAACCUCGAGCGUUUAAAAAAAAGUAAUCUGGUUUAAAUGUUUGGGAGUACGUCCAGUUCUCAACCCGGGUUCGGUGGAUCUGGUGCGCUUUCACAUGCGUACCUUCAGUAUCCGCCCUUAAAAUGCCGAUAUGAUGGAUCACGAGGUUUAUUUUAUGAUGAUGGAAAUAAAUUAUUAAUCUCACCGACCACUGACCAGGUUGUAUCUUGGAAAAUUUCUCCCUUUAGUUCUGAUGUUGCUCCAACAACUGACACAAUAAGCGAAGGGCCGAUACUGUCUGUUCGAUAUUCCUUAGAUUCAAAGCUUAUAGCUGUUCAAAGAUCAAAUCAUGAGGUUCAGUUUUGGGUUAGAGAAACUGGGGAGACUUUUAGUCAAAAGUCAAAGUCCGAGUCAGAUAGUAUUUUGGGGUUCUUUUGGACCGAUUGCGCAGUUUGUGAUAUCGUGUUUGUCAAGACCAGUGGACUGGACCUCUACACUUACAUGCCAGAGCUAAAGUCACUGGAUUUAGUUGAAACGAAGAAAAUGAAUGUGAGUUGGUACAUCUACACACAUGAAAGCCGUUUGGUCCUUCUUGCUUCAGGAAUGCAAUGCAAAAGCUUUACUGGCUAUCAGCUUUCUGCUGCUGGUGUAAUUCGGUUACCGAGGUUUGAGAUGGCAAUGGCAAAGUUGGAUGCUAACAGUAAGCCUGUUCUUGCUGCUGAAGAUGUUCAUAUUGUCACUGUUUAUGGAAGGAUAUACUGCUUACAAGUUGAUAGGGUUGCAAUGCUACUGCAUUCAUAUAGGUUUUACCGUGAUGCUGUUAUCCAGCAGGGUUCUCUACCUAUCUAUUCUAGCAAGAUAGCUGUGAGUGUGGUUGACAAUGUUCUGCUGAUUCAUCAAGUGGAUGCAAAGGUUAUUCUGUUAUACGAUAUAUUUGCGGAUUCACGUACGCCUGUAUCUGCUCCACUUCCUCUUUUGAUAAGGGGCUCGCCAAGUAGGACAAAUGCACAAAGUUCAGAAACAACAUUGACAAAUAACGCAACGGCUAAUUUGUACGGUGAUGACUGGAUUUUUCUCGUCCCUGAUCUUGUAUGUGAUGUUUCCAACGGAUUUUUGUGGAAAAUACAUUUGGAUUUGGAGGCAAUUUCCGCAAGCAACUCAGAAGUGCCAGCUGUCCUAGAGUUCUUGCAGCGGAGGAAGUUAGAAGCAAAGAAAGGUGUUUUAGGUAGGGAUGAACUCGGUACCGGUACCGGCCGAAAAUGCUUGGUACGGUACGGUACUGCAUUUGAAGGUAAAAUCUGGUUAAAUACCGGUUCCAGGCUAAACAUUUACCGGCAUUUGAAGGCUAAACAUUUAUGCUUGGAACUAGCUCGCUCUGUCAUCAUUGAACGAAGACCUCUACCUAUGGUUUUCUGGGCAAUAGACGUUUUACUUAAAUCUUUCGCGUAUUCACUAAAAACCGGUAGUUAUUUGAAGGGCGGUAAGCCCGAGAAACCCACAGUUUCCGGCGCACCAGAGAACAGUGAAUCCGGUAAAUCUGUCAAAAAUGAAUCUGCAAGUGGAGUUGAAAGUAGAACCGUACACAAUUCUGGCUUCUCAACAUCAGACUCUGAGGAUAAUAAUAAUAAUAAUAAUACUAAUGUCAGAAACGUGAAGGCCAAAAAUAUUAAUAUUAAUAUUACUACUAAUUCUUCUAGUGAAAAUAUAGAAGAAGCUUCUAGAAUUGGAGAUCAUUCAGUGAAUCAACCAUUGAAUGCUAAUGUUUCUGAACAGCAAGAGUCUCAAGUUACUUCAGCAGCCAUUCCACCAGAUGAGUUGUAUAGUUUUGUUUUUGCUUCGGUGGAGGAAGAGAUGAUUGCAGAUGCUUCUUAUUUGUUUGCCAUUGUCGUAGAGCUCAUAAGGAGUGCCAGCCUGGAGAAAAUAAAACUGCACCCAAACAUCUAUGUGCUAGCAGUGCGGUUGCUUGCCCGUAAUGAACGCUAUGCUGAACUUGGACUCUUUAUUAUGAAUAAGAUAAUUGAGCCGUCGAAAGAGGUCGCCCUUCAACUGCUCGAGACAGGCCAUCAAAACAUCCAAACAAGGAAGCUGGGUCUGGAUAUGAUGAGACAGCUCAUGCUGCAUCACGACUAUAUCGUGUUACUUGUACAAGAUGGAUGUUAUCUCGAAGCUUUGCGUUUUGCACGAAAAAAUAAGGUUAAUACUGUCAGGCCAUCAUUGUUUCUAGAAGCAGCAUAUGCAUCAAAUGACCCACAACACCUAGCUGCGGUUCUUAGAUUCUUUCGUGAUUUCAUACCUGGUUUUGCAACGACUUCAGAACACAGUACUUUCGUUCGCGCCCUUGCUGAUAUGACGCCUUCAGUUGCCGCUUGACGCUUUUCAAGAAUAUGAUUUACGUGAAAUUGUUUUUACGGAUGCCUAAAAUGAAGAUUAAAGACCAGUAACUUUGAGCCUUUGUUUUUUUUUUCUUUUUUUCAUAGAAUCGUUUCUUAUAAGUAUGUCACUAAAUGGUCAGCUCUCAAAGACACAUUACAGAUUAUUUCGCAGGCGGUUUAUAAAUAUUGGUAACUGUGUGAAAUGGACUACAAAAGAAUGGACGCGUGCGGUUGAUAUCAA